CUACACAGUUUAUGAUGGCUUUGUCCUCACACUCUCGUACAACUGAUAGGCUCUUUCUCGAAAAAAGCUUCAAACUUGCAGAGCUAGCCAGCCACAGGAGAGAAAGGAGCUUCUGAUCGAUCUAUAAUCAUUCAUGCAUAGUUCUCUCUUCUAUUCAAGCCUUGAUUGGUAUGUCUCUAACUUUUGAUUUUCCGAUACUUGCUGGGUAUUCGUGAAAAAAGCUCAUCAUCAAGCUACUUACUGGUAUCAUUGAUCUCAUCUGCUGCUUCACCUAUAAGUUUGCUACUUGCUUUCUGGGAUUUUCGUUUUAAUUCUUGAAUCCAAUAUUUCAAAUCAGUUUGGAAAAGAAUCAGCUUUUGAUGUAUCAGAAACAAAGUCGGAGUUCCAACUAGGAUGAGAUUGGAGAACAUGCUUGCUUAUUGAGAAUUUGAGACAUAUCCCCGAGUUCAACUUCCAUGUGUUUCCAACAACUAAUUUACCCAGGAACUGGGACUGUAGUGGAGUAACUGUUUACUUGAUCAUAGCAAUCAGGUUUUCUUUGAUCACAGCAAUCAGUUUUAAUUGGUAUUAAACUCGGAAUCCAGAUCCCAAGUUUUGUUUCAGAUUAAUUGGUAGAUUUUUUUUUUUUGGUUUCAUCAUCAUUGAUAUUAUGGAGAGACAAAGCAGUUUUCGGACUAGAAAGAUGGAAAAGCAAGUGAGUUUCAAUGGGGCAAUCGACAAACAGUCUAGUUUUCGUGGUGCAAUGGAAAAACAGAAGAGUUUUCGCGGGCUUAUGGAGAAGCAGAAGAGUUUUCGAAUAGUAAUGGAGAAACAGCUGAGCUUCAUUGGGGGCGGUAGCAGUGAAAGGAGGAAGAACAAGGAGUCACCUGGUAAAAGAGGUGACUCCCAACUCCAUAUGGCGGCUCGAGCAGGGAAUUUAGCUAGUGUGAAAGAGAUUGUUGGCAACUGUAACACUAGUACUAGUAGUAGUGACGCUAUUGAUUUAUUGAUGUCAAAGACAAAUCAGGAGGGAGAGACUCCCUUGUAUGCCUCUGCGGAGAAUGGUCAUGCCGCUGUUGUCAGGGAAAUGUUGAAACAUAUGGACCUUCAAUCUGCAUCUAUUGCAGCCAAAAAUGGAUAUGAUCCAUUCCACAUUGCUGUAAGACAGGGUCAUCUUGAGGUGCUGAAAGAACUUCUGCAAGUGUUUCCCAACUUGGCUAUGACCACAGACCUAUCAAAUUCGACUGCCUUGCACACAGCUGCUACGCAAGGGCACAUUGAGAUUGUAAAUCUACUUCUGGAAACAGACUCAAAUCUUGCUAAGAUAGCCCGCAACAACGGUAAGACUGUGCUUCAUUCAGCAGCAAGGAUGGGGCACUUGGAAGUUGUCAAAUCCCUACUUGGCAAGGAUCCAACUGCUGCUUUUAGAACAGACCUAAAAGGCCAAACUGCGGUCCACAUGGCUGUGAAAGGCCAGAAUGAGGAGAUUGUGCUGGAGUUGAUAAAACCUGACCCUUCUGUUUUGGCUGUGGAAGAUAACAAGGGAAACACAGCACUGCAUAUUGCUACACGGAAGGGUCGUCUUGAGAAUGUACGCUGUUUGUUGUCCAUUGAGGGAAUCAAUAUCAACGCAAUUAACAAGGGUGGGGAGACUCCAUUUGAUAUAGCAGAGAAGUUUGGAAGUUCUGAACUUGUGUCAGUGUUGAAGGAAGCAGGUGCCAUAAAUUCUGGAAAACCUUCAAAUCCAGCUAAGCAGCUGAAGCAGACUGUGAGUGACAUAAAGCACGAUGUCCAGUCCCAACUCCGGCAGACACGUCAAACUGGUGCCAGAGUCCAGAAAAUUGCAAAGAAAUUGAAGAAGCUCCACAUAACUGGCCUCAACAAUGCUAUAAACUCCGCCACUCUAGUUGCUGUGCUCAUUGCCACCGUUGCUUUUGCGGCCAUCUUCACCAUUCCGGGGCAGUAUGUAGAAGUUGAUACACCGGGGUAUACACUUGGUCAAGCACACAUAGCAAGAGAUGCUGCUUUCAUCAUCUUCUUCGUGUUUGACAGCCUGGCACUGUUCAUCUCCCUUGCUGUGGUGGUAGUGCAGACAUCUGUGGUUGUGAUCGAACAGAAGGCAAAAAAGCAGCUUGUUUUUGUGAUAAACAAGCUCAUGUGGCUGGCUUGCCUCUUCAUUUCUGUUGCUUUUAUUUCUCUGACUUUUGUGGUGGUGGGUUCACAGUCAAGGUGGCUUGCUGUGUAUGCAACUGUUAUAGGCAGUACGAUCAUGCUCACUACUAUUGGCUCCAUGUGCUACUGUGUCUUCCUACACAGGAUGGAAGAGUCCAAAUUGAGGAACAUUCGUAAAGCUGAGAGCAGGUCCCGUUCCUUCUCCAUAUCUGUGGCAUCGGAUCAUGAGAUUUUGAAUAGUGAGUAUAAGAGGAUGUAUGCAUUGUAAGAAGCUUCGAGUGCAAUUGAUGGAUGCAAGUUGAGAUUGGACCAAGCUCUUCGAUGUGAGAUCAAACACAAGGCUUGGUUGGCAGGGGACCUGUGUAUUUAGGAUACUAGACUGGGAGGAACCAUGACGGUUUUUGCUUAACCAGUCAGAUUUUAAUUGUAUGAUCCAAUGCACAUGAUGUAAAUGAGGACAUGUGUAUAAAUAUGUAGGAAGCCUCUCUAUCUGAGAG